AUGAGUUCUAAAACUAGUUUCUUUUUAUUCCUUCUGUUUUUUUAUAGUUCAGUGCUUUGUGAUAGAAAUACUAAUGAAAUUUACGAGGUAGUAGACAGACAAAAGCUGUCUGUUCUAAUCAAAACAAAAUUGGGUGAUUCAGAUAACGCCAACAGCGCAAUGAUUAAAAUGUUGGAUGCUUGGUCAAAAUUACCUAGUGGCCUGCUAGAAGGCAAAUUAAUGGAUUUGGGAAGUUUUGACGAAUGUUAUAGCAUCGAGUAUAACAACAUUUACGGAAAGUAUUGUUUAGGCACGUUACCAUUUAGUACAGAAACAGAGAAAUACUUCAAAAAAUAUAAUAUUAGCAAUGCUAAGCCUCCUCCUAACCUUUUUCUAAAUCCACAACCCAGAGCAAUGGUUGGAGAUAAACUAGGAAUUACAAUUGCUGCGUGUAUACCAAGUACUAUGUCAGCAGCUGAAUUGCCAAAACCUUUAGAUUUCACAAAUGACUUCUGUUAUUCUAAAGCGACAAAAUCGGAAUUGUCGCCAGGAGCAAUUGUGACAAUAACAAUUCUAGCAAUUUUUCUGUGUUUAGUGAUUGUUUCAACCAGCUAUGAUAUUGCACUAAACUACUUCAAAAAAGAACCUUACCACGAACUGUUGAUUGCAUUUUCGUUCUAUCACAAUGGUUGCAAACUCUUCCGUUCAAGCAAAAACUCCGAUCAACUCCUUUGUCUAAAUGGAAUCAAGGCAAUGAGCAUGAUGUGGGUCAUAAUUGGACACGAAUACUCAAAUGUUCUAACUGCACCUUUAUCUAAUCUCCUGGACCUAGUAGAUUGGUUUAAUGAUUCCGCCAAUAUGUUUAUAUCAGGAGCCACAGUCUCCGUUGACACAUUUUUCGUAGUUGGAGGUCUUGUAACAGUUUACACAUUUUUGAAAUCAAUGGACAAAGGAGCAAAGUUCAAUGUUUUACUUUUCUACCUUCAUCGGUAUCUCAGACUAACACCUGCGUAUUUUAUAGUUGGUUUAAUACACGUUUACCUCUUAAAUCAUUUCGGUAAUGGACCAUUGUGGAAAACUGUAGAUACAAGUCUAGUCGAGACAUGCAAACAAGGAUGGUGGAGUAGUCUCUUGUAUAUAACAAAUUAUGUGCAAGAAGGCACUUGUUUGCCUCAAGCUUGGUACCUCCAAGUCGAUAUGCAAUUGUUUGUCUUGUCACCCAUCAUUCUUAUACCACUCCAUAGAUGGCCCAUGAUUGGUUUAGGUGCUUUAGGUAUUUUGACAAUUGCAGGAUGCGUCUCGCCGUUUGUGAUUGGUUAUGUAAACCAUUUCAAAGCUAUGAUGUUAUCAAAUGCGGAUAUGUUAGGAUUUAGUUACAAUUAUUAUGGUGCAACUUAUGCUCGAUUUGGUCCAUAUGUUAUCGGUAUGCUUGCUGGAUACUUCUUGUACAAGAUUAAAACCAACAAGAUUAAAAUUCACCUAAAAUGGUGGCAGGUUAUAACUCUUUGGUUAGUGUUUAUAACCGGUCUAGUGGCCUGUGUCUGGGGCGGUUAUCCAUUAUAUGUGUCGACAGAAGAAGAUCGAUGGGGAAAUUCAAUGUAUUUGGCUUUUAAUCGAUCAGCGUGGGCUGUGGCAGUAGUGGGAGUAAUUUUCUUGUGUGUGGCUGGCUAUGGUGGACCCAUUGACAAAUUCCUUUCAUGGCCAGUUUUUCAAUUUUUGACUAAACUUUCUUACUCUAUGUACUUAAUACAUUUUACCGUUAUUGUUGUCAGAUAUACACUCUCGAGGAACAGCAUAAAAUUCUCCAAUCUUGCAAUGAUGCAUGUCUUUUGGGGUGAUUUUAUGUUUACUUUGGGUUUAUCUCUAAUUCUGUGCUUAACUUUCGAAUCUCCAAUCAUAAUUAUGGAAAAGUAUCUCUUUCAUAGAAGCCCCAAAACAAAAAAUGUAAAACAGUAA